AUGACUUGGAAAGAUGGUAGUCGGUUGGCAAACGGUCUGAGGAAGUGUGUGGAACAGAACUCCGACGCUCAACUCGUUCAAUUUUCGGACGGUGAUGUGUGCGUCUAUCGAAAACAUACGCACACGUAUAGGUACCUGCAUGUACUAUCAAACCAACAUAUUAGUCAGAAGGAAGAAGUGAUCUCUACUCUAACUGAACGGACUCAAAAAAUAUGUGAACCAGAGCAUCCAGGGGAAGAACUGGAACAUCUUCAAGUGACCUUCAGAUCGAAUGGAUACAGUGUAUCCGAAAUCAACAAAGCCAUGAAACUGAAGAGUUCCACUGUUCAAAACGGGGAGGAGACUCUGAUGGUUACACGCGCGUAUCUAGCGCAUAUUUCUAGUAUCACAGACAGAAUUGGAAAACUUUCAGAAAAACACAAUACCAAAACGGUUUUCAAACCCACCAAGAAAAUACAGCAAAUCCUCAGGUGGGCUAAAGGGAAAAAAGAUCUUCUAUCAGCAGCUUUAUCGCAUACGAUAUAUCGCAUACCGUGUACAUUUGGGACAGUAUACAUCGGAACCACCAAAAAAUCCAUGGAAGUGAGGUUGAAGAAGCAUCAAACAACAUGCAAAGUAGGUCAAACCUACAAGUUAGCUAUGGGGGAACACACAGUCAGUGAAGUAAACAAUAGGGUUAUAGUUGGAAAACACUGA